UAUCACUCUUUUAACACCACUACAUGAGCUGACACACUAGCACCAUUUAGUAAUUCUUAUAAUGCUAUUCCAACGAUUGUUCGGCCUCUUGGCCACUUCCGUCUCCGUUGCCCGCGCGGUUGACCUUACCGGAUAUGAGUACGUCGUUGUAGGGUCUGGCGCCGGUGGCGGCCCUCUCGCUGCCCGACUUGCCCUUGCCGGCCACAAGACGCUGCUCAUCGAAGCCGGCGACGACCAUGGACAAAACGACAACUACACAGUCCCUGCCUACUCGGCCAAGUCAUCCGAAGACCCUGCCAUGUCGUGGAACUUCUUCGUGCGUCACUACGCCGAUAACGAACGACAAGCACGUGAUUACAAGACCACAUACGACACUGCCGAUGGCGGCGAGUACACCGGCACACUGGGAGGGUGCACUGCACACAACGCCCUCAUUGCUGUUUACCCUCACCAGUCGGACUUUGAGUAUAUUGCCAACCUGACUGGCGACGACUCUUGGUCUGCCGAGAACAUGCGCACCUACUUCACCAAGAUGGAGAAGAACCAAUACCUUCUUCCGGGCAUCAACGGCCAUGGCUAUGAUGGCUGGUUGCAGACCGAGACUGCUCCUCUCACCAUCCCUCUAGAAGACCCGCAACUGCUCGAGGUUCUUACGGGAGGUGCAUUGGCCUUGGGCAACGUCACCGACUCGGUUUUCAACCUGGCAUCCCUCCUCCUUGGAGACGCCAACGCUGACUCUCUUGACCGGGACCUUGAGCCAGGCUUCUACCAAAUUCCCCUCUCCACCAACGAUGCGCAUCGCACCGGGUCCCGCGAAUUUGUCGUCGCCGUCCGCGACGCUGUCAACGACGACGGAACCAAGAUGUACCCCCUUGAUGUCCGCAUGAACUGCUUCGUGACCAAGGUCGUCUUCGACAACUCCACCGUCCCCCGCGCCACUGGCGUUGAGUUCCUUGAUGGCGAGCAUCUCUACUCUGCCAGCCCCCUCUCCACCGGCGCCGCCGGCACCCCGGGUAGCGCUACCGCCAGCCGUGAAGUCAUCGUAGCAGGUGGCGUUUACAACUCCCCGCAACUGCUCAAGCUCAGCGGCGUGGGUCCCGCUGACGAGCUAAACAGCUUCGGCAUCCAUGUCGUCUCGGACCUGCCUGGUGUGGGCACGAACUUGCAGGACCACUACGAAAUCUCUGUACAAGGCCGUGUCUCCGAGAACUUCACUUCCUUCGAUGACUGCACGUUUGGCUUUAAUGGUGUUGCGGACCCGUGUCUCGACCGCUGGGCCGAAACCGAGGAGGGAGGCAACCAUGGCAUCUACUCCAGCUCCGGUCUGGCCGCGGCCAUGUUCUACACUUCCAGCGCCGCCGAGGGAGAGGGUUACGAUAUCUUCGCUUUUGGUGGGCCCGUUAACUUCCGUGGUUACUUCCCCACUUACAGCACCAAUGCUACCAUCGAGCACGAUUGGUUCACCUGGGCUAUCCUGAAGGCGCACCCGCGCAACAGUGCCGGUACCGUUACGCUCAGGUCUGCCGACCCGCUCGACAUGCCCGACAUCGUCUUCAACUACUUCGACACCGGCGUGGGCGACUACGACGCCGACCUGCAGGCAUUGUACGAGGCCGUCGAGCUGGCCCGUGAUGCCUUUGAUCGACAGCUCGUGAACGUCACUGAGGUUCUCCCCGGAGCGGAUGUCACUACGCCUGAGGAUAUCAAGCAGUACGCGCAGGACACUGCUUGGGGCCACCACGCCAGCUCGACGUGUCCCAUUGGAACGGAUGAUGAUCCCAUGGCGGUGUUGGAUUCCAACUUCAAGGUUAGGGGUGUGACUGGGUUGAGAGUCGUGGAUGCGUCCGUUUAUCCUAGGAUCCCCGGCACGUUUACCGCAGUUUCGACGUACAUGGUUGCGGAGAAGGCAGCAGAUGUUAUCUUGGCUGAGCUUGCUGCUGCGACCAAAUAGGACUGAUGGUAAUGAUUAACGGUGACGGAGCAUCCACUAAUUAGUCGCGCAUAUACCACUUACAUUACUUUGCAUAAACUUUGCCUCGGUAUAUUUGCCGUUGGCCCCUAUAAAUAUACUGCCUUUUAGCUCGAA